CGAUCUCUUUUUCCCCUUCUUUCCUUAUGUAUGUGUUUUUUUGUUGAUCCUCUCCUCUCAGAGGAGAAAGUCUCUGUGUGGAAACGAAACCUCACACAUAUUGCUUUCGUAUCUAACUCCUCUUUUUGCAAUAAUGUUGCUCGCAUGAUUGUAUGCUGGGACCCCAGAACUGUUCGUGCUCAACCCAUCCUUUUUCAUAGAGCUUGGGUUAUGCUAAACUGCUCUUGUAGAAAAUCGGGUGUGAGUUUCAUUGUUGCAUGGAUCUACUUCAAUCCAAAUCUGGCUCUUAGAAAGCAGGAGUUUUUGUAGUUGAAUGACUGUCUUGAUCUUCUAGGAACCCCCUUUCUUUGCUGGGAGACUUCAACUCUGUGCAUGGAGUGUUUAAGAAAACUGGUUGGGCGCCAUCUGAGCUAAGUUGUGACGUCUUCAAUGAUUGUCUCAAUCAGCAAGGCCUCAAGAGUCAUCGACGACACCAAUAGAAGCUACACCUGGUGCAAUAACAAUCAAUGAGUGUGCUCUUCUUGACAAACCAAUAACCGCAGAGCAAAUUAGAAGACCGGUCUUCCAAUCUACUAGUGACAAGGCACCUGGCCUUGAUAGAUUUCCGGCAGGUUUCUUUAAAAACUCAUUGGCAUAUAGUUGGUCACGAUGUUACUGAGACUAUUAUGGAUUUCUUUUCUACUGCUCAAUUGGUCGCAAAAAUAAACCGUUCACAUCUUGUUCUCAUCCCGAAGUUAUAAGGAGAUACGAAUAUUAAGGCUGAUCUACAAAUUUUGAACUGCAUAUGAAAUCUCAAUCAGAUUAUUAACUACGUCUUAUUAUUAACUAGGUCUUAUUUUUCAAUAAAAGCAGCUACUAAAACUUGAACAUUGAUUACAGUCAAAUAAAUCGAACUAGUAUGGCCGUUGCGUGGUUGAACCAGAGGCCACAAAUCUGGGUGACCCCAUUGAAGAAGCUGGGGCCUCACGUCCAAAGGCUUUGGAACGAGCGUACGAGCACCGGCCACCCAAAAGGCAAAAGAUUCCAAAAGACGGGGCCAAGCAAAACCACUUGUUUUGCCUCUGGUGCCAAGUGUGUCCGCGCACCUCUUCCUCUCCCUCCUCCUCUCUCUGCGUGAAAGUAGACGGCCAAUCAUCCUCGUCUGCUCUUACUGCUUCCAUGGCGUCGGGUCUAUCGAUUUCUUCCCUCCCACCAAAGAUCUCCUUCCGAAAAUCUUCUUGCGGGUACCAAUCUAACAGGCCUCGCGUUGCAAGCGUGCGUUGCAUGACUUCUUCCGACGUUCCCGUCCCAGAUUUCUUCUCCUCGGAUUGGGUGGAAUCUCGCAGUAAACGACCUAUUGGCCCCAGGCUAAAUUUCACUGCAGAAGAAGCCAUUCAGUGCCAACUUGAGGCAUUAAAGUACAACGAUCAACCUCGACAGGAUCAUGGUGUUGAGGUCAUGUACAGGCAGUUUGCUGGCUUUGAUCCUUUUGAGAGAUCUCCAUACUUUGGACGCUUCUUUGACUUGGGACAGUUUGAGCGAUUUAGGAGAAUAUUUCACCAUUCAGCUUAUCGUGCUCUGUUGUGUCACAAAGAGAGGAGGAUCCUAAGUAGUUUUUGGGUGGAAGAGAACCAUUUUAAGCAAAGGGUUUGGAUUCGAGGUGCAAGACCAAAAGAGGAAGAAACCUUCCAGUUCACGAUGAUUCAAAGGGUCGGCGGUUCUUGGGAUGGUUAUUGGUUGACAGAGAGCCUCCUUCAUGAUGUCGAUGUAUUUUCUGGUGGAGUAGCAUACUAGUAUAUUGGUGAUUCACACCACUGGAUAGAAAUUAAACUUCACAGAAGGUGAAUGAUCCACAGUGAUGGCGCCCUUAUUCUGAGAAAAUGCAUGGAAUUGCAUCCUUGAAGUGUUCAUAUUGGUCCCUCGGUCAUUGUACAGUACAAAACUAGAUGAUUUGCUAAAUUAUAGCUUUCAGCAAUAUCUAAGAAAUCAUGUACAUUUUCAUCUUA